AUGUACAUAACCCUCUACUACAUAGUCACCCGGCUCCCUGACUCUCUCCGCGUAGUCAGGGACCACUUCCUCUCAGUUUGCCCCACCACUCUCACCGUUGACCUCCUCGAGAAGGCCCUCCUAGCGAUAGAGAAGAGCAUAGUCGCUGUAGGAGCCUCUCGUGGUGACACUCGCACCCCCAUCUUUGAGGGGUGUUCUCCCUCCCCCCUCUUGCCCUCUGUUGCCUCUGCUGCUGCGGCCGACCUCGUUGGUUUCGAAUUGGUCGGCGCUGCGUCUGCCCCAAGCGGGAGACGCCGCACCGGCAAGGGCAAGAGGGGCAAGGGCGCAAGAGGGGCUGGAGGCAGUGGAGGGAGUGGGGGUGGUGGUGGGAGUGGUGCUGGGGGUGGCGGCGGCGGCGGCAGCAGUGGAGGCGGCGGAGGCGGUGGAGGUGGCGGAGGGAGCGGAGGCGGCGGAGGUAGUGGAGGAGGCGGAGGUGGAGGAGGCGGCGGAGGCGGUGGCAGCGGCGGAGGCAGCGGUGCUGGAGCGGGUCGCGACUCUGUGCAGAGGAGUGGCGCCGGUGGUGGUCAGCGCCAGCAGCAGCAGCGGAGUGGUGUGACCCUGUCCCCUCAGCAGCUUCGUGAGUGGUACACUGCGCGUCAGCGCGGUGGGGGUUUUGGUCCCUGCGCUUACGUCCUCCGUACCUGCGAUCGCGCUGGUGAGCAGUGCAGAGGCCCGCACUCCACCCAGCGCUGCUUUGGUCGCCUGACAGACGCGUGGCGUCGCCAUCUCCCUAAGGCGUCAGAGAUCCCUCGCUGGGGAGAUCUGACUAACGCCGGGGUUGCUAUCUUUGAUCUUGACUUUGAUGCUAUUCUUGCUGCUAUGUAUGUUGUUGAUGCUAGUGUUGAGGGUGCCUGUUACCUGUGUGUACCGCCUGACGCGGGCAUUGACGCCGCUGCUCUAGGUGCCGGUGAGGCUGCUGCUCUAGGUGCUAGUGCGUCUGCUGCCCUAGGUGCCAGUGCGUCUGCUGCCCUAGGUGCCGGUGUGUCUGCUCUCUCAGGUACAGCGUCAGCUCAGGCCUUCUACACCUUCACCCCGGACUCGGGUGCGGCCCGCUCCUUCUUUCGAGACCGCACCACUCUUACGCCGCUCAGUCGGCCGGUUGCAGUCUCCCUUGCAGACCCCUCUGGGGGUCUUGUUCUUGCUAGCUUCUCCACUGUCCUACCGUGCCCGACAGCCCCCUCUGGCACCCCGUCUGGUCUCUGCCUCCCCUCGUCCUCUACGAACUUGGUAGCUGCGUCGAGUCAGGUGUUUGCUGCGGCGUCCAGGUCCGGUGUGUCCUAG